AUGAAUAAACCUUUAAAAAAAAGAAGAUAGUCUACUAUUUAUAGAUAAUCAAUGGCUUUAUAAGAAUUCUCACAAAAAUUGCUUGAGAAGAAUGAUUAAUUAGCCUCUGAAAUUUAGAAAAUAGUAAAGAGAUUAUCAGUAUAACAAAGAAUGAACAAAGCAAUUCGACAUAUUUAUGAUGCAUAUUAUUUAAGAACUAUUCGAAACGAUAUAGAUUUAACCAACAAAAAAUACCUAAAAUUCUUUUGGUAUUUAGAGAAUAAUCAAUUUUGGAUUGCUUUUCUCUUUUUGUUAUCAAUUAUCUAUUAGGUAAUGACAUUCUUUGAAUUGCCAUUUCCAGAAUAGGACGUGGAGGAUAAUCAGAAUUUAUUGAUAUUAGAAGGCAUAAUUUUAGCAUUUUUAGGAAUUGACUCACUAAUUACAAUAGUAUUAUUGGUGACUAAAAAGGAAAAUAGAUUUGCAUUUAAUCCAAAAAGGUAAUUUAAAUUGAUUGUCUACUAUGUGUGCUUAAUCGAUUUUAUUAUCCAUAGUAAGGAACCUAAUAUCAUGAGAUUCAGUCGAAUAUUUCGGACGUUGCUAAUGCCUAUGUAUUCAAAGGAUUUAAGAAGAAAUUUAAAAGGGAUAAUGAAGGCAAGUCGAGAUUUGUUCCUUUUAAUUUUGCUUUAUUUAAUCAUAAUCUCAAUAUUUUCAUUUGUAGGCAUCAAUUUGAUUGGUCGUUUGGAAAAUGUAGAUUUGAGGACUCAGGAUUACGGAGACUUUUUUAAAUUUUUUUCAAUGCUGUUUAUGGUGGCAACUCUAGACUUUUAUCCUGAUAUUCUAAUUCCACCAAUGUUGCAAGGUACUUUUUAUAGUCUAUUCUUUAUAAUUUAUUUGUUACUCUUUAUCUUCCUAUUUGCUCCAAUUCCACUUGCAGUUGUAUACGAAGGAUUUAGAAGACAUAGGAUGGAAAUAGCAAUCAAUGAUAUAAUAAAAUAAAAAUCAGCUAUGAUGGCAAGUUUCAUCUCUUUGGAUUUGACUGAUCAAGGAUUUUUGACACACAUAUAGUUUCAAGAAUUUAUUGAAUAGUUUUAUGCAAAUAGCAUAAAUAAAGUAGAUAUGCCUACUUUGUUUUCUCUAAUUGAUUAAGAUUUUAAUGAUAAGGUUCAAUUUGAUGAGUUCUACAAAUUUCUUCACUUAAUUUAGGAUGGUUCCAUAUUCAAAUUACCUGAAAGUAAACCACUAGAAAGUUGGGAAUCCUUUAGAGACUAUUUUAAUUCCAAGGGCUUGUUAACAUUUGUAGAAGGAAAUGUUUUUAGUAUAGGAAUGUUGGUGAUAACAAUAUCUAAUUGUGUUCUUAUUGUGACAGCCUUCUUUAUUGAUGAUAUGAAUAUCUUGGAUAUAUUUACAUUGCUCGAUACAGUGUAUUUAGUGUUUUACGGUCUUGAAUGCAUAGUAAAAAUUAUUGCAUUGGGAAUUAAACCAUAUUUCUAAGAAGGAUGGAAUGUGUUUGAUAUCUCUUUAGUAAUUUUGCAAAUUAUAUUUGAUUACAUCCUAUUCAAUAUUGUAUCUGGAAACAUUGUUCAAUCAAUUAAAGCAAAUCGAUUGUUGAGAUUGGCCAAAAUAUAAAAGGUGUUUCGAUUAUUUAGAGCAUUUAGAUCAAUCAAAAUAUUAAAUUUCUUUUUAUCUGGAUUAGAAUUUUUGGAUAUUGUUAGAAAUCUGCUUUAUAAAAUUAUAAUAUGUGUACCAUUGAUUUUUAGAUUGAUGUUGCCUGUUUAAAUGAUAUUCUUCAUAUAUACUUGUGUUGGAAUGUAUCUAUUUGGUAAGAUCUAAAGAAACCCAGAGAAUCCUUAUGCUAAUUCUAAAUGUGAUGCUAAUUUGUUUGAAUAUCAAUGGGGAAAUUGUAAAUAUGCAGACUUUACAUCAUUCUCUGGAUCUUAUUUAAUGAUGCUGCAGAUGUUCAUUGCAGCUGAAUGGAAUCAGGUAGUAUUUGAAUUGACAUAUGAUACAGAUGACAUGUUAUCAGCUAUGAUAUUUGUUGGUUCCUUUGAAUUUUUGUCAAUUUUUCUUUUGGCUUUAAUAGGUGGUUUAGUUUGGGAAGUGUUUUCAGUAGUGUCAAUGCAACUUCGUUAAGCAGAGGAACAAGUUCCUUAAGUAAAUGAUAUCUCUUAGGAUUAAGAUAAUUAUGCCUUUUCUGGUACUCAAGUAGAUUCUAAAUAUACUCCUGAAACAGCAGCUAAUCAAUUAAAAAAGAAGACUCUUAUUUUAAAUGAUGAUAAUCCAGAUGUAAUUAAAUUUUAGAAGAAAUUAAGAACUGACAAAAAGAGUAAAUCACUUACAAAGGUUUAUAAUCCGUAAAGGAGUAUAUCCGAACAUCUGAUAAGAGAUGAGAAACCUGAUCUAAUAAUAAGUCAGCCAGGAUCCAGAAAUCAACUUUUACCCAAUUAUAAUUCAAGUCGUAAACCAGUUGGAUUCCAUAAUACACAAUUUGACCGUAAAAUAGGAACCAAUAUUGUAGAACAUUAUGAAUAGCAUUUCAUUGAUUAUUAAGAAUGGGUAGUAAAAUAAUAAGGAGAUGGUUUGGAUAUGAAUUAGGUGGCUAAUGAUUAUAUGAUUCAUUUAAGAAAUGAAAUUAAGAAGGAUGAGAUAUUUCAAAAAAAGAAUGUUAAUAUUUCUAAUCAUCACUUACUUAUUUAGAGUGCAGUAUUGAGAGAUGCAUCUGAAGUUUACAUUAAAUAAUAAGAAGACAGAUUUUUUAAAAUGUCAUUUGGUAAGAAAUUUGAGAGAAUUAAUGAAUUGAAAUUUUAGAAUAAGUUUAAAGUGGAGAGUAAAAUCAUAUUUUCAUUAAUGGGUAUCUUGAAAUUCCCUAAACCUAAUGUAAAGUAUUACUUUUAAAUUUUAUACUUAAUCGAGAACUAUUUCACUUAUUAAUUACUCUAAGAUUCAUCCUUUUUUAAAAUGAUUCAUUAAAUUAAUAACAAAUGGUAUGCCAUAGGUAUUGAUGAUGGAUAAAUAAGUUUUCAAAAAUUAGAUGCUGGACCUUGGGAUUAUUCUGAAGGAUUGUUUUAAUUAACAAAUAUGAGAAUAUGUUAGAAUCUAAGAUCUUUAUAUGAUACAGGGAACCAGGAAUGUCUUUAGAGUGUAAACUAAUUUUCUGAAAGUGUAAAAAUAUUAGCCAAACAUUUCGAUAUCAAUUUGGCAUCUAUUGAUACAAAUAGUAGUUGUCUUAUGUAUCAAAUAAAAAAUGAUAAGUUUAUCCCAAGUAAUAUUGAGACUCAUUCAUGGAAAAUGAAGAAAUCAAAUGUAACUUUGGAUGAACAAUCUCCGAAUACUAAUUAAAUAGUUUACUUAGAAUCGCAGAAUUUAAUCAAUGGCUAAGGUUUCAUUAAGAAAGAUUAAUCUAUAAGUUUGGAUGAAUACAAGUAUGUCAGUAAAACUAUAAUGUUUAUUUUGACUUAAACUCAAGCUAAAGAAAAACGCAUUAUUUAUUAAAAUCUUACCAUGUUAGCGUAAUUUCUAUAGGAUUUGGUUGGAGUCAUUCAUAAUUAUGAAUCUAAUUUUUUCAAAUAAAUAGAUAAUCUCUUUGAACUCAGAAACUAAUAAAAAGUAAAGAGUGUAUCUAAAUUGUGAUAUUUAUAAGGCGGUAAAUUCCAUGCGCCACUAAUUUAUAAAUUAUAUUUUUUU